CUCCAAUAUAAAGCUCGGUACUCGGUACAAGUUCUUCAUUUUACAUAAAGUGCUAGUCAAGACCUAUCACUUUGGUAAAUCGGUUUUUUGUUGGUUUAUGAAUUUAUGAUAUUCGUCGAACAUGAGUUUAAGAGAAAAUAAAACGCCUCCUGGAGGAGUUUGCCAUGAUCUUUGGGGCGCCGAGUUCGUAGGAUCUCCGUGUCAUAAUAGGGUUUUGAAACCACCAGGCGGUGGAAGUAGUGACAUAUUUGGAACAGCAUCAUGCGAUGAAGUUAAUCCACAUAAACGUGGUACAAAUCAGAAGAAUCUUCAAAGUUCCAUUAUUUUGGGUGGUCAAACACCAAAACAUAGUAAUGGUACAGUUGCCGCCAAUGGAAAUUCAGAUAAACCUGAUGGUAAUCCAGUGACUGGAGAAGGUUAUGAAGCUCCUAAGGCAACAGCUACACCAGCUCAGCAUGUUUCUGCUCAAUCAGAACCAGCUCCAGAACAAAAGAAGGCAAGUCGUGUGCCACCAGGUGGAUAUAGUUCCGGCUUAUGGUAAUUGCUGAGCCAAGAAGACCAACCAAAAUUUUGUCACAAUUUAUACAUCGCUUUUGUAUUUCUAUGAUAUAUUGAUGAUCUUUGAUCACAUUUCAUCAAUAAAAUAUUUAUGCCUUAUGGUAUAUAAGAAAAUGACUUUCAGUAAAUGAAAUACAUAAUA